GCACCUUUCCUUUUCUUCAGUCUACGUCUCCUUCAUAAUGGCUCCCCCUCCUCUUCUUCCUCCACUAUUCCUACUUCUGCUACAACUAUAUAUUAUUGUCUAAGAAAUCACGAAAUUCAGUUCGCCAUUCCCCAAUUUCCAGGCCAGAAAUCGAAAUUUGUCCACUUGAGGAACUUGAAUACGAAAUUGCUUCUGAAGGUUAAUUGAAGGAGCAUCUUGACACUUUGGUGGCAGGGGAAUACAAAUGUCUCUAGCAAGCAAGGAUGAAAAUAAAAAGGUCAUUGAUGUUGCAGCAUGGACGUUUAAUAUUGUCACGUCUGUGGGAAUCAUUAUUGUCAAUAAGGCCUUAAUGGCCACAUACGGCUUCACUUUUGCUACAACCUUAACUGGACUACAUUUUGCUACAACAACCUUGAUGACUAUUAUUCUCAAGUCAUUAGGGUAUAUCCAGAAUUCACACCUACCACUACAUGAGCGAAUAAAAUUUGUUUUGUUUGCUAAUUUCUCGAUUGUUGGAAUGAAUGUGAGUCUAAUGUGGAAUUCUGUGGGGUUCUAUCAGAUUGCAAAGCUUACUAUGAUCCCUGUGUCAUGCUUACUGGAAGUUGUAUUGGACAAGGUGCGGUAUUCAAGGGACACCAAGCUAAGCAUUAUGCUGGUUCUACUGGGUGUUGCAAUCUGUACUGUUACAGAUGUGAGUGUCAAUGCCAAGGGUUUUAUUGCUGCCUCCAUAGCAGUAUGGAGUACUUCUCUGCAGCAAUAUUAUGUACACUCUCUUCAACAGAAGUAUUCACUGGGAUCUUUCAACCUACUGGGGCACACUGCACCAUUACAAGCUGCAUCCUUGCUGUUAUGUGGCCCCUUUGUGGACUACUGGUUGACAGGAAAGAGAGUUGAUGGUUUUAACUAUACUUUGGCAUCACUGUUGUUCAUAGCGUUGUCAUGUACCAUUGCAAUUGGGACCAAUCUCAGCCAAUUCAUCUGCAUUGGAAGAUUCACGGCAGUGUCAUUUCAGGUGCUUGGCCAUAUGAAGACCGUGCUUGUCCUGGUUUUAGGAUUCCUCUUCUUUGGGAAGGAGGGUCUGAAUCUACAUGUAGUUCUGGGUAUGAUAAUUGCAAUACUUGGCAUGAUUUGGUAUGGUAAUGUCUCGUCUCUCCCUGGAGGAAAGGAACGAGUACCACCACCACCCUCCGACAACGAUCCAGAAGAAUUAAGUUCCUUAGUAGAAUCCGGACAGCUCAAUGAGAAGGAAUAGGCAUUUUAAUCAGAGUAAAAAGGAUGUUUGGCAUCUUACUUUGCCUGAUCUCUGAACAUACCAUCAUACUUGAGGAUGUUUGUUUCCUUAAAAUAGAAACCUUUAUGGAAAGAUAUAGCCGAAUUCGGUCCAAAAUCUGCAAUUAUUCUUUAAAGGGUUAUCAGUUUCAGUUGGAA